AUGGAGCAGCUCGUUCUGAGGCCAGGUGGUGCUGGGCCAAACAAGAAUCCUUUUGCAGGAUUCGGUCGUGGGGCUGGAGCAUCAUUGCCCAAGAAGAUAUGUAUGUCUUCACCUCCGGAGCUAGCAGGGCAGCAGGAGCUGCUCUUGGAUGCUCCUGGUACCACCAAGCCCGCAGAGUCGGUGGAUGCACAACUGCCGCGCCAAGCUGAGCAGCCAGAUACACGUGACUGGCACACGCGGAAAGAGCUGCCUCCUGCCCCAGAGAAUCAGCGGGAGGGACAACAGCAGCAGCCUGUGCAGCAGUGGGCACAAGGGCCUUCACCAGCGCAGCAGUCCAACGGACCAGCUCCCAAGAUCCAGAGGGCAGCAGACGUUGGGAAGAAGGCCUGGAUGCCAGGCACAACAACCGGCGGCCAAGAAAAGGCGACGCGGCAAGUGAAGGGCAUUCUGAACAAGCUCACGCCGGAGAACUUUGACCGCCUGCUGCAGCAAGUCCUUGACAUUGUGAACGACGCAGAAGUCCUGCAUUCCACCAUUAGCCUUGUCUUUGAGAAUGCAGUGGCACAGCCCACCUUUGCCUUCAUGUACGCGCAGCUUUGUGAUCGCCUGUCCAAGGCGCUCCAGACGACUCCAGAUGGGGAAAGGGAAAUCGCAGAGCGGAAGGUGAAGAUGAGGACACUGGGCAACAUUAGGCUCAUUGCAGAGCUGUACAAGCAGGAGGUUGUCAGCGAGAAAAUCCUGCAUGCCUGCAUCCAACAGAUGCUUGGCGACGGCAAAUCUGAUCCUGCUGAGGACGAUGUGGAGGCAAUGUGCGAGAUGCUGACCGUUGUGGGCAAGAAGUUGGAGGAGGUGACAAAGGACAAGAAGCGCCUGGAUGGAUACUUUGCCAUCCUGGAGAAGUGGGCCAAGAACAAGGCGCUGUCGGCGAGGGUGAAGUUCAUGAUCCGGGACAUAGUGGAGCUGCGCAAGUCCAAGUGGGUGCCGCGGCGCCAGAAGGAGGAGGCCAAGAAGAUCAGCGAGAUCCACGCCGCCGCGCAUGCCGAGCUGGGCAUGAUCCCCUCCGCCGUCCUGCCCGGCCUCGCGCCGCUUCCGGCCCACUCCCGCGGCGCUGUGCCCGGCCUCGCCGACGACGUUGAGCUCUUCCCAGCCUUCAAGGGCGACGAUGAUGGCUGGGAGACGGUUGGCCGGAAGAAGGGGUCGGCCAAGAUUGGCGAUCAGAGCCACACGAGUGCGUUCCUGGGUGAAUACACCCCGGUCGCAGCCGCGCGCUCCGCGCCUGCCGCAGCCGCCGCCCCAGCUGCUCCGGCCCCCGUUGCCGCCGCUCCUGCUGCUGCUGCUGCGCCUGCACCCAGGGCAAAGAAGGUGUACACAGACGAGGAGAGGGAAUCGCAGGCGAAGUCUUUGUUCAGUGAGUUCCUGUCUGCUGGAGACCAUGUGGAGGCUCUCACACUCGCGCGGGAACUGGCUGCACCCGGCUUCAUGCCCAAGCUGGUGGACAUGGGCAUCGACGCGCUGUUUGAGACCAUCAGACCAAAGGAGCACGAGAUGCUGACGGACCUGCUGGUGUCCCUGCUGCGCCGCAACGCAUACUCGCUGGAAGACUUCGUCACCGGUGUGAAGCUCAAGACGGACCUCCUGGAGGACCUGGCGCUGGAUGUGCCAAAGGCGCCGAAGCUGCUGGGGUCGCUGGUGGGGCUUGCAGUUGCAGAGGGAGCUGUGCCGGCAGGGAAGCUGGUGGAGCUGUAUGAGAAGGUGGAGGACACAGAGACCAGGCGACGAGGCGUUGCAGAAGCCCUGCGCUAUGUCAAGGGAAAAGUUGGGGAGGCAAAGCUGGGACAGCUGUGCACAGAAGGAGGGCUGCAGGUGGAGAAAUUCCUGGCAGCUGAUGUGGAGUUUGAUGGCCCUGACUUUCAAGAUGUCGCCGCUUUUCUGAAGCAAGAAGGCCUGAGUGCUGUUCCCUUGUGAUCAUUGUUACAUCAUCAUGUUGAUCCAAGGCGCAAUGCUUUGUUUUGUGCCAUAUCAAUAACAUCAAGCGCACUGUCUACUUCAUGAUGUGCUAUUAGCGGCGCCUCUUCACAUGCAAAGGGCAGAAUAGCCCUUGUGUGUGCUGCCUGCUCAGGUGUCAUUGCACCGUUGCUGUACUGUCUGCCAUGUUGAAGACGUGGAAGUAU